AUGUCUCAACAACAACAACUACCAUCACAAUCUAGCAUCAAUUACGGUCAAGAUGAAAUACCUCAUUUACGCUCUCAAAACGAUCAGCUUUGGAAAAUUAUAGAAAAGCAACGAGUCAUGAUCCAAAACCUUCAAAAAGACAAUGUACGUCUUUCAGCAGAGAGAGAUGGUCUUCAGGAUCAAGUUAACUUUUUGGAGAAAGAAAUCACCAGAAAGCAGCGAGUUACUUCUCUGCUCAUUUCACCUCAAGCACUUCGUGAAAUAGCAGAACAGGAAGAUGCUGUUUCCACGCCCAGUAGUGAAACGACGCCAUCGCCUAUUGAAGUCUAUGCCAAUGCCACGGCUGUUGCUAAUACUGCUCCAAUGGCUGCUGUCGCUGCUGUCAGUCCAAUGCCGCCUCCUCGCUCACCUUAUCGUCCAUUGAAAGAAAAGCCAGAUGAUUUUGGUUUGAUGGACUCUCCCAAGCGAUUCAUGGAUCAGGAACCUGAGUCUUACAUUGUCGCUGCUGCCAGUCGUAGCAAUAUGGAAGAUUAUACUAGUUUAAAUGGAAGAUCCUCUCCUGGUUCUCCUGCUCCUGGUCCUCACUCACCUACGCUACCCAAAUACCAACAACAACAGCGCAAAGACAGUGCCCCAUUACCUAGUACAACUACUAGAAAUCACUCACCCUUCAUCGUGCCUUCUCCUAGCAAAUCAUCUUCCUCACUCGAGGUACGCAAAAACGCACGUCAAAGAGAUUCCAUGAUGCCACCAGCAAGAGCUGCUCUUGAACACGAUCCGACCAUGCGUGCUGCUUCGCCUCCUUUGAUUCCAUCCUCCUCGUCCUUCAGAGCCACCAAUACCAACUUUACUACAACUAAUACUAAUAUUAGCGCUAAUAUCAAUACCAAUAAUACACCACACACUACUAAUACUACUACAACUACUACUACAACCGCCACUAAUGCCAUCUCCACAAAUCCAGUCGUCAACAGCAACUACAUUCCACCUAAUAGUAACAGCCCCAUUUACGGCAGUCGCAGUAAACAGGACGGACAGCAAUCCAUGUAUUCUUCAUCUCGCACUGAUCUCGCUAGUUAUGGUGAUGAUGAUGAUCAAUCCUCUACUGCUGCAGUAUCUCCAUCCGCCAGCAACAACAGUAAACAACAAACCGCAUUCAUGGGCAACAUGGCCAAUGUGUGUAUCAAGGUAGUGGGAUCUAACAUCAAGCCAAAUGACAAGGGCAAGGAGGUCGUGUCAUUUAUCCUGUCUGUGGGGUCCUACAAGGACGAUGUCAGCAAUGAGUUUGAUGAGAAAUGGAGAGUGGAAAAGCUGUAUUCUGACUUUUUGACAUUGGAUUCCAAGCUCAAAGCACAACGCAACAGAGCCAUUUCUGGUCGCAUCGGUAAGUUGCCAGACAAGGCUUUAUUCUCCAACAAUGCACCUACCAAAGUGGAUCAGCGAAAAGUAGCCUUGGAGCAAUACUUGCAACACAUUGUCUCUUUACCCUUGGAAGACGCUUCCGACCUCUGUGAAUUUCUCAGCACCAAUGUCAUGGACACCAAAGUAUACCAAUUGUCAGGUCAAAAGGAAGGGUAUUUGACAAAGAGAGGUAAAAACUUUGGCGGCUGGAAGACUCGUUAUUUCGUACUGAAUGAGUCCGUUCUGGAAUACUAUGAAUCUAAAGAAGGCACUCAGCUUGGCUCCAUUCGAUUGACCAAUGCACAAAUCGGCACCCAAAUGAACGGUUCAUCGGCUUCCUCCUCUGCUCAAGAAGAAUACAACAGUGUCUAUCGUCACGCCUUUUUGAUUGUCGAGCAAAAACGAGUGAAUUCAACUCACAGUGUGCGUCAUAUCCUGUGUGCCAAUUCAGACGAUGAUCGCGAUACCUGGGUCCAUGCACUGCUGCAAAACAUCAGUAUUGUCGAGGAUGAAGCUUUGAUGCAAAAGAAACGAAAGAAUGAAAAGCCCAGAAAACUCUCCAAAGGUGAAAUCAGAGCUAUCUCAGCAACACCCAUCAGUCAUUUAAAGAUGGAUCAUGUGGGCAAUGCAGACAUGGAGAAGUUGACCUCUGUGCCCUCGCAUCAUGACGAUGCUAGUAUUGGUAUGGCCAUCAGCAACAAUGGCUACAGCAGACCCACACCUUCUAUUUCAAGUGACAGCACUGCAGACUCUGCCACCAUCGUCUCCUCUUCGCUGCCCUCUAACAACAACAACAAUGCCAAUGCCAAUGCCACCUCCACAUGGUCCUCUUAUGAAGCAGGUCGCACGAGUCUGGAUCAAAGAAACAAUGGCAAUACAUUGCAAGCACCCCGUCCUCCCAUCAUGCGUCGCAGUUCCAUGGGCAACUUGAUUAGCAACAAUGAGCAGCAGCAACAAAAUGAAGACCAAUUGAACUUUCACAAUUACCGCCGUGCUGUGUCGCCAACCAUCAUUUCUCGAGUGCCUGAUGAAGCACCACCUGUGGUUGCAGCCGAGUCUGAAAAGAAGGCCAGAAACAAGGCACAUCGCAUGACCUUUUGGGGCAAGAAGAUGUUGUUCAACAGCAGCGAAGAUCAAGACCAACAAAGUCAACAGCAGCAGCAGCAACAGCAACAAAGAGAGGGACAACCCAGACCUUCUCAGUCCUCUUCUGCUACGACAAGCAGCUCCAAUUCGGCUGGUCUGCGUGGCUUCUUAUCCAGAUCAUCCCACGAACAAAACGACCGUCAGAGAAACAAGUACGAUGAUAUGCCUGUUCCCAAACAAGCAGCUAAGCAAGUGUUUGGUGUCUCUUUGGAAGAAGCAGUGCGUAUCUCUCGUGUCGCUGAGGGCUAUGAACUGCCUGCUGUGGUGUAUCGUUGCAUUGAAUACCUGGAUGCCAUGGACGCUGUGCUUGAAGAAGGUCUGUAUCGUUUGAGCGGCAGUAAUGCUACCAUGAAGGCGCUGCGUGAGCGUUUCAAUCAAGAGGGCGAUGUCAAUCUGCUGGCUGCCAAAGAAGAAUAUGAUGUCCAUGUAGUGGCUGGCCUGCUCAAGAUGUGGCUACGUGAACUGCCUACCAGUGUGCUGACCAGAGAGCAUCGCAUGGACUUUUUGCAUGUGAUUGAUCUGUUGGAUCGUAAAGAUCGCGUCAAUGAGCUGGGUCGACUGGUAUCUGUGCUUCCUCUGUCAAAUUACACCUUGCUGAGAGCAUUGACAGCACAUUUGAUUCGCGUGGUUCAGCAUUCAGACAUCAACAAGAUGACUAUGCGUAACGUGAGUAUCGUGUUUUCGCCUACACUGGGUAUUCCUGCUACCAUCUUCAACUUGUUUAUGAGUGAAUUUGAGUACAUCUUUUGGACCACAAAAGACGGUGACGCAGCGCCACGUAGAAUCGAAGAUGAAGCCAUUGAGGAACCAGUUGUGGCCGCAGCACCAGAGCCACAAACCAAGAUUCAGAUUGAUGCACCCAGAGAAUCAGUAGAACAGGUGGAAGAGGUGAUUGUCGAUCAUCAUCAAUAUGAGGGCCUCAGUCGUAAAACCACGCUACGCCUUAGAGAAGAACAUGGCCGUAGUAACCGCAACAGUGUGAAUUACAUGGACGGUGCGCCUAAUGCCAUUGUAGAUUUAGAGAAACACAUGGAUGGACCUCCUGUGUUGGAUGAAGAUGAAGACGAAGAUGUGGAUGACCUCACAUUAUCAAACGAAUCUAAUUAUUCUGUCCAUUCUAAUUAG